AUGGAGACGGACGGGGAGCCCAGCCAGCAGCCCGCCCCCCCCGCUGGGGGCGCGCUGUCCGGGUCCGCCGCGAGACCCUCACCCAUGAACUCCAUGUCGCUGUACGAGAGACAGGCCGUACAGGCACUGCAGGCCCUGCAGAGACAGCCCAACGCCGCCCAGUACUUCCAGCAGCUGAUGCUGCAGCAGCAGAUCAACAACGCCCAGCUCCACAGCCUGCAGCAGGCCGGUCUAGCUGCUGGUCGUCAGUCCAGUCCUUCCAGUAGCUCCUCCCCCCUCACUACCACAUCAUCCAGUGUUCCCAUUUCAGGGGGCGGGGCCAUCACCAGCUCACGCCCUAUUGGUCAAGGCCCGUCAGCCACGUCAACCAUCAGCCAAUCGGUGGUGCUCAGUGGGACGGCCGGGAGGCAGGGCCAGAUGUACCUGAGGGUAAACCGGUCGCUCCGGGCGCCCAUCUCCUCCCAGCUCAUCUUCAUGCCUGGUAACACGGCAACCGUGGCAACCGUUACCCAGCAACCCCAGGCUCAGCAACAACCCAUUAAGGAAGUGAUGGCCACUUCCUCCUUUGGCAUCCAAUCAGACAACAACCAGGUCCAGAACCUGGCUCUGAGAGGACCCUCAGACCCUAAGGGUCCCGGGGUGAAGGCCGAGACCUUCGAGAAAAUCGACUCAGUCCCUCACGGUGGGGCCCAGCCCCUCCCCCAGCCUCCCCUCCUCCUCCACGGCCCGCGCUCCGUCUCCACGGUGACCGCCACUGCCACGGCAACCCACCUCCUGGUGCCUCCGCCCCCCCCACACGGUUACCAGACGACCCUGAAGCCGGGGGCGGGGGCCCUGAAGCCGGGGACGGGGGCCCAGACCCUGGUGGUGCAGCCCCUGCAGAAGGCCUCCCUGGGCCCCGAGAAGCCCCUCCCCAUCCAGUCCAAGGGCCCGCAGGGGGUCCGGCCCCCCCUCCAGCUGCCCUCACGCACGCCGCCGCCCAUCCGCCCCGCCCCGGCCCCGCCCUCCUCCCUGGCCACGCCCCCGGCGGCCCCGCCCCACAUCCCAGUGCAGAUCGUGGGCGCCCGGCAGAGCUCGCUGGGCAGCUCGCUGGCCCAGGCCCGGGGGGGGGGGCCGGGGGGCCGGGGGGUGGCGGGGGGGCCCCUGCUCACCGUGGUGGCGGCCAUCGCCUUGCGUGAGGGCGGGGUCACGGCGUGCCGAGGGGCGGGGCUUAAGGCACUCCAGUCACCGCAGGAAGUGGCGCCGUUGGCCCGCGUCACUCACGUCCACCCCCAGGCCAAUCAGAGCGGGGGGCGGGGCCAGAACGGAGUCCUGACCCCCGGCUCCUCCUCCUCCUCCCAGCCGGUGGGCGCUUCCUCUUCCUCCUCCUCUGCUCUUCCUCCUCCGUCGUCCUCCUCGCAGCUGCGUCCAUCUGCGACCCUUCCCCAGGCGCCCGGCGACCAGAGGGGAGCGUUGCCAGGGGUGACUGCCAAUGGCAGUGCGGCGGGAGGUCACGGCACACAGGGGAGGCAGACGACUGGAUCGUUGAAGAGGAAGUCUGAAUCCAGCUCGGCCAAUGGGGAGGAAGGCCCUGCCCCGGCGCGGCUCCAACCAAUCAGAGAUCUUCCGUCAGCGCUCUCGACCGCUGCCGUUGAAGCAGGCCCUGGUUUGAAUCCCCCCGCCCCCUCCCUGCCGCUGUCCAUCACCCGGGUGGGCGUCGGCCAGCUGGAGAAGGCCCCGCCCCCCCAGGCUGUGGUGAAGCCCCAGGUGCUUACUCACCUCAUCGAGGGCUUCGUCAUACAGGAAGGGGCGGAGCCAUUCCCGGUAUGUGGACCAGUGAAGGAACCAGCGGGGGAGGGAUUGACCAGUGACUUUCCAGACGUCAACAGCCAAUCAGACACAGUAACCACAGCAACAGUGUUGAAGUGUGAGUACUGCGGCAGUCUGGCCCCCGCCCGCCAGUUCAGAGGAACCCGCCGCUUCUGCUCCAUGUCCUGCGCCAAGAGGUACAACGUCAGCUUCCGCCUGAAACACAGCCAGGGUCAAGGCCAGGGUCAAGGUCGCCAUCAUCACCCCCAAGGUCACCACUCGGACGGGGAAGGAGUGGUUGCUAGGAGACGGGUCCCCCACAGGACCAGCUCGGAGAUCGCCAGCGCACGGAUUGCUGGCCGCGCCCUACCUGCCCAGUGCCGCUCAGAGUCUAGCCAAUCAGACGACGGUUCCAGCAUCGACGAGGAAGAAGAUGACGAGGACGAAGAUGAGGAAGAUGAACAUGAUGAGCCCAUGUCACUAUCUCCCGCCAACUCUCCUUCCUGCACACAGGCCCCGCCCCCUCCUCCACUCCCAUUGGACGGCCCUGCUAGCCCCGCCCACUGGAGUGUGGAGGAAGUGUCUCAGUUCAUUUCCUCUCUGCAAGGCUGUGAGGAGUUGAGCUCACACUUCCUGUCCCAGGAGAUUGACGGACAGGCGCUCCUGCUACUCAGAGAGGAACACCUCAUGUCCACCAUGAACAUCAAGCUAGGUCCCGCCCUCAAGAUCUGCGCCCACAUUAACACUCUCAGAGACUGACACCGGAUUGGUCCAGACUCCCCGGUCCUCGGCCAAUCCCAUUGUGCUGCGGUCCACAGGAAGUGGGCUGCACGACGGCGCCACGUCCUGAUUCACACGGCGAGUAAAACGCAGAUGGCUUCCUUCUUUCUUUUAAGUAAACGUAGGAUACUUUCAAAAAAACCCGCUCCUCCUCCUCCGGCGGUCCUACCCCUGGUAGGAAACGAUCUGGAGGGUUCCCCUCCGUUACGUCCCUCACUUCCUGUUGUGGAAGUCCCCCUGCGGUCUGUAGCUCUAA